CACAGUCUCUCUCUCUCACAAUCCACAUUCCACGAUGCUCCUUCUUCACUCAUUUCCCGACGAUGGCCUUCCCUCUCCUUUUCACCUCCUCCUCCGCCGCCGCCACCACCACCACCGCCUUGCUCUUACCUGCACAUCACCACCACCACCGCCGCCGUCUCCCCUCUGGAGACAUCGCACUCCCUCGCCGCUCCCUCCUCUUUCUCUCCACCUCCCUCUCUCUCUCCACCGCCGUCAAUCCCCCUCCCUCCCCGGCUUCUCCACCGCCGGACACCACUAUCACCGACCGCGUCUUCAUUGACUUCAGCAUUUGCCCUACCAACUUCCUCCCUAACCGUGAAUCCACCGAUGAUGGUGGCGAUUCCCUCCUCUGCUCCGAUUCCGUUCUCCUUGGCCGCCUCGUUAUCGGCCUCUACGGCCAUCUCGUUCCCAUCACCGUCACCAAUUUCAAAUCCAUGUGUACGGGGUCCUGCGGCUCCUCGUAUAAGGGCACUUUGGUCCACAAAAUCUUCCCCGGCCAAUUCUUCCUCGCUGGCCGACAGGGACGCCGUGACAAAGGAGAAGUUCGGCCGCCAUUGAAAUUGCCGAGAAAUACGGAGUCGGUGAAGUCUGACUCGUUCUUGCUUUCGCAUUCGAGAGGCGGCGUUGUUUCUCUUUGCCUUUCGGAGAACGAUGACGACGACGAAUUGAAAUUGGAUCCGAAUUAUCAUAAUGUGGAAUUCUUGAUCACCACUGGCCCUGGCCCCUGCCCUCAGCUUGAUAGCAAGAACAUUGUCUUCGGGACCGUGCUUGAAGGUCUAGAUGUUGUGGCAGCCAUAUCCUCAACUCCAACAUACAAGCCAUCUGAGAGAAUUAGGCAAUUCAAUGACUUGGCUAAGUUUUUAGGAGAUGAAAGAGCUCAAAAUGCAAGAACAAUAUGGAACAGACCUCUCCAAACUGUAUAUAUCAGCGACUGUGGAGAACUUAAAGUUGCAAAGCCUUUACUGUCUCCAACUCUGCCUUAAACACAGACCACAUCCACCCAUUAUUGUCUCUCAAGGUUCCAUUUCUUUAUCUUCUCAUCUUUCAUUUGUGUUCUUCUUCAGUGAAAAUGAUAAUUCCAUCCCCAUGUUUUUGUUUUUUUCCCUCACACGAACAAAGGGUUAACCAGGCCUCUGUUAUUGUUCUGACCAUUGUUUAUGUUCAAAACAAUCAGAAAUCAAAUUUUGAUGUCAAUACCGUUGAUGUUUUUACAUAUGCUAAAAAGAACAAAUUCAUUGUUGUUCGCUCA